GGUCCCUCUGGUGUCUCGCCCGUCUCCCCUGGAGAAACCGCUCCCUCUGGCGUCUCGCCAGUCUCCCCUGGAGAGACUGCUCCCUCUGGAGUGUCUCCCGUCACUCCUGGAGAAACUGCUGGUCCCUCUGGUGUCUCGCCCGUCUCCCCUGGAGAAACCGCUCCCUCUGGCGUCUCGCCAGUCUCCCCUGGAGAGACUGCUCCCUCUGGAGUGUCUCCCGUCACUCCUGGAGAAACUGCUGGUCCCUCUGGUGUCUCUCCCGUUACACCUGGCGAGACCAGUGCGGGCGCGACGGGCGUCUCCCCAGCCUUCACUGGCGCCGCCUCCUCCAACAUGCAACCCGCGGCUGGCUUCCUGGCCGCCGUCAUGGGUAUCAUGGCUCUCCUCUAA